GUGACUUGAAACUAACCGUUGAGAGAAUUUUGUAAUAUAUUAUAUUUGAUUCUAUAAUACAGAAGAAAUACUCGCAAGAUAAACUUAGCUCAGUUACGCUGAGGCGAGCGGCGAUUCGAGAUGCAAAGCUGUAUGUGGUUGGUUAUUUGUUGAUCAUAGCAGCAUACUUUUUUUACAACGUGAGGUAUUGGACGAUAAACACGAAAAAAAAGUUGUAAUGCAUUACAUAAAAUAUCGAGCAGGGAAUUUGCAAAUUAACAACGUCGGAUGAACACCAAUAUACCGAUACUAUAAUAACGUUUUCAUUUAGUUGUGAAUUUUAUUCGAGAAGGAAUAUCUACUUUCGCUGAUUCUAUAAUUUCAUGGAAUAUUGCGUAUCUAUCUUGUUAUUCCUCCUACCUGAAGUUAUAUCAGUGUCAAUUAUUUACAGACAAACGGAAGGUAAGGUAUAUAUUUCGCUGCAAUGUAAUUAUAAUUCAAUUAAUUUGAUUUAAGGACUCAUACGAUGAAAAUAUUUGAACCCUUAACUCGCUUGUUUUAAUACAUAUAUAUACUCGUAUAUAUAGUUAAACGUAAACACCUAUAACGUUGAUGCCUAAUAAUUUAAGAAUUGAGCUUAAAAUUUCAAGGUUAAAGUUCGAUAAAUAUUUGUUACGCAGACUACAUUGUGUGACACCGUCAGAUUCCGAAUAUUUAUCUAUAAAUUCCCUUUAUUACAAAUCAUCGACUACAUUGUGUGACACCGUCAGAUUCCGAAUAUUUAUCUAUAAAUUCCCUUUAUUACAAAUCAUCAAAACAAGAAUUACUUUCAUUUUUAAAUAGAUUAUUUACAAAUCUAAAAAUACUCGCAUAUUAUAAAUUAACAAUGUCGACUCAAAGAAUAUGGCUUCAAAUUUUGGUUGGACUGUUCAUCUUAUACACCACUGGAAACUGUAGUUCAGGUGUUUCAAAAUUUCACAAAAGCUUCAAGCACAAGUUUCCAUUAUUCAGAAAGUUUAAAUUAGUGGUUAUUACCGAAGCUAAUCCGACACCGGAUCCGACACCACUCACUACACAUCGUCAACCAAGAAAUGUUUGGGGAACACUUGGAAUAUUACAUAAACCCACCGCAGCCGCAGCAAAUUCGACUAAUUCUACUUCCAAAUCCCAGUGGGGUACUGAAUUGGUUAGACCGCCGAUUUCUGCCGAAGACAACGAAGAUGAUAGGAACACGAAGACGACAACCGCCGAGCCUGUUACCACGGCAUCAGAAACUGCGAAACCUGUGGUGUCUACUAAAUUAUCCAAGCGUUGUAAUCUCGCCUGUCAAAGAAAUAAAUCCACGAAGAAGUACGCGUAUACGUGCCUAGCAUUCAAGAAAAUAAAUCAAUACAAUCUUUGUUAUUUCUGUCGUUAUCGAAGAAGAGUAUGCCAAGAAGGUGUUAUUGUUGGUAUGUUCAACUGAGUCAAACAAAAAAUACAUUCAUGUAUAAACACCAAAAGGUGAAACGACGCAGGCCGAUGUUCGCCUGCAACAGAAAACCAAAUAUGCGAUGAAAGACUCCUUCAACUCGAAUGAAAUUCUAUCGAUUCAAUCACGGCUUAUAUUUUUUUGGAAAAUUGUUGGGAACCGUUCAACGAAUCUGCAACCUACUCAGUUUUAGUAAAUGGAACGUUCGUUAUAUUUAUACCUUUUCAAAUUUAUGAAUGAAAGUAACGCUGUUGAUUUUCAUUUUGACUUGGUAUCUGGUUUUGCUAUAAACCGGCCGAUUUGAUUCAAUAAUAUUUGUCAAGUUCACAAACGAUAUAUUAUCUAUUUUUUGUUUUCCAAUUGUAUUGAAUAAAAUUUAUAAUAUUGUCGGAUUUAUCUCAUUACUACACAUUUGCCAUGAACCACGUUGAAAUUAAUAUCCACAUUUUUAAUAUAUUUUUGUGCUAAUUUUAAACAAAAUCAGAAAGCAAUUGUUAAUGAAGUAUUUGUAUUAUUUGCAUUGAGUUAGGACUCCUAAAAAAUCAAAUAUUCAAAAUACAUUUACUUUUUUUCUUGGAAGUUAUUCAAAAUAUUAAUAUGUCAUGCAAUUAAUCAUAUGAAUUAUAAUGAUUUCUCAAUGCAUUGGAAUGAUACGCAUUUUAAACUUAUUCCGAAUAUUUCCCAUCUUCACCGAUAUUAUAUACGGCAUCGAUAAAAUAGUGGACCAUGCAAGGUUUGAGCUUCUAGGCUUCCGGAAAAUCAUGAUUUCUGAUUUAUCGUAGUCAUAAAUAUCGCCUAUUGCCAGCUUUUUGGUUAGCAAUGUAUUAGUAUAAUGCAGAGUAUUAAAAAUCACAUUGAUUAAUUAAUAAAAUGAAAUGUAGUUUUUAAGCUAUAAUCAUUUUUUGCAAUUGUUUCAAUUUUUAUUGUUUUUAUUUAAAGUUGAUUUUCGUUUUAUAAUUCAAUAAAAUUUUA